AUGGGGUCCACUGUCCUUCCGUACAUGGAGACCAAGCCUAAGUUGAUCUUUUUCACCGACUUCGACGGUACAAUCACCGUAGACGACAGCAAUGACUUCAUGAUUGACAACCUUGGCUUCGGCCGCGAGGAGCGCCGCAAGCUGAACGAUGCGGUUCUGGAGGAGACCAUGAGUUUCCGUGAUGCCUUCCGCGCAAUGCUCGAGAGCAUCAAGACCCCCUACGACGAGUGCAUCGAGACCCUGAAGAAGAACAUGAAGCUGGACCCAUACUUUGAAGAGUUCUAUUACUGGGCAGAGAAGAACAACGUGCCCAUCGUCAUUCUGUCCUCCGGCAUGCGCCCGAUCAUUAGCGCGCUGCUCGAGCAGUUCCUUGGCCAUGAGCCUAAGAGCCACCUCACUAUUGUCUGCAACGAGGUGAUCUCGCGGGAUGGCAAGGGCAUUAACAGCGAGGGUGGCUGGCAGAUUCAGUAUCACGAUGAGAGCCACUUCGGCCACGACAAGUCCCUCGAAAUCAAGCCGUACGCUGCUCUUCCCGACAACGAGCGCCCGAUCCUUCUGUAUGCUGGCGACGGUGUGUCCGACUUGUCCGCGGCUGCGGAGACCAACCUCCUGUUCGCGAAGGAAGGCAAAGACCUGGUGACUUUCUGCGAGCGCCGAGGUAUGCCUUACACUACCUUCAAGGACUGGUCCACCAUUCUUUCCACCACCCAAGAUAUUCUCGCCGGUAAGAAGUCGCCGAGCGAUGUGGCCAUCCGGGCGAAGAGCGCUUAG